UCGAUAGCGGUAUGAAAAUCUUUGCAGUCAUGGGUACGUGGUUGAUGUAAAGUUUUUAGCUACUUUAGUUUAUAACCUUAUUCAAAAGGUAGAUUUGGAAACCGACUCAAGUUUUUUUUAUUUAUUAAUAAAGAUAAUGCCUCCAAGGAAGCUGGAUUUCGCCAUGAACAGAGCAGGCGAUGCGAGGAGUGGGUCUGUUAUGAACUUCAGAACAACCGUGAGUUCUGGUUCUUUGCGCCGCAAUUCUGCAGUCUUGCCGUCGGUGCUGACUUUUGCUGUCAUCGUGGCGUCCGGAGGCCUCCUUCUCAUGAUAGAGAAAGGAAUGCUGAAUAGUAUGGAGACACCCCCACCUCGGGGGUACGGAAAAAGGUCAGACUACCUCAGACAAGCUCGACAUCAGGACGUUGCAGCGGACACUGAAUUCCAGAUCCUACAGGAGAUUCGUAACCGCACCAUCAAGACGAUGUGUGGUCAGAAAAACAUGCCUCACAGUUUGUGGUCGCUGAGUCCUUUCCAGAGAAAGGUUUUGCUGCAGCACAUUUUAGUCAACGACGAGCAUCGCUUCCUCUACUGCUACGUCCCCAAGGUAGCCUGCUCCAACUGGAAGAGGGUUCUCAAAGUUCUGAGUGGAGCCUUGGAGAACGUGAAAGUCAACAUCAAGAUGGACCAUCGCAGUGAUCUCCUCUUUCUCUCCUCCCUGAAGCCUGAGGAAAUCCGCUACAGGCUCAAGCACUACUUCAAGUUUAUGUUCGUGAGGGAGCCAAUGGAACGCUUGCUCUCUGCUUACAAGAACAAGUUCGGAGAGAUCGAGGCCUAUCAGAAAAAGUAUGGAGCAGAGAUCAUCCGGCGGUACCGCAAGGGCCACGCCAAGGACACGUCCGUGACAGGAGAUGAUGUGACGUUUACCGAGUUUGUACGUUACCUGCUAGAUGAGGAUGUCGAACGUAUGAAUGAGCACUGGAUGCCCAUCUAUAACCUGUGCCAGCCGUGUGCCGUUUCCUAUGACUUCAUCGGCUCCUACGAGCAGUUGGAGAGUGACGCGGAGUUUGUGCUAAAGCGGAUCGGAGCACCUCCGCACGUCCACUUUCCAGAACGGCAAACAUGGUACAAGCCUGUCACCACGGAGACGUUGCACUAUUACCUGUGCAGCCUACCACAAAAGCUCCUUCGGGAACUCCUUCCAAAGUAUAUUUUAGACUUCUCCCUAUUUACCUACCCUCUCCCCAACACAACCACUGAAUAUUGCAGACAUUAACUGUGCUGAAAGAUGCCGUUUUUUUGUUUGACAUUUUUAUUCUUUUAUACAGUAUGGUACUAAACCUGUGCGUUUUUAUUCUUAAAGAAUAUUGACAUCUGGA